AGUGUGUUUAAUGCAUCAAUGAGUCAAUGACAAUCAGCUGAUGCAAUAAUGAAAAAGGUUUGGUCACAAUUAACACACAGCUCCUGUAGUAACGGUAGAGAGAUUCUGGUGGGAGGCAAGUCUAACACAUGGAAGGUUCCGGAAUCUAGAGAUGAAACACUAAACCAAUGGUCAGAGAGAACAAGAUUCAAGAUUGGAGAUUCUCUCUUGUGGAAAUACAAUGCAGAGAAUGAUUCAGUGUUGCAAGUGAGGCAAAAAGAUUACGAGAGAUGUGACAGAUCAGAGCCAAUAAGAGGAUACAAAGAUGGUCACACGAAUAUAGAGCUGAAGAGGUCAGGUCCAUUUUACUUCAUAAGUGGAGAAGAAGGACAUUGCGAGAGAGGUGAGAAGCUUCGUGUCGUUGUCUUGUCUCCAAAUCAUAAGAGAAGCGUUGUUGAUGCUCCUGCUCCUCUAGCUAUCUUCUUCGUCUCCGAGACUGAGAGACCGCUCUCUCUCUUCCUUAUCCUCCAUCUUCAAUGGUUUAAUCCAGCAAUUGUCGACGAUGUCGAUAACGUACUCCGCUAUUUCCUCGUACCCAGAAGGCAAUUUCUUAAUCCCAACCCGUUUUCUAGAUUCGGGUUCUAUCCUUCUCUUCAGGGAAGUAGCAUUGAGUUUAGACUUCAGUUAAAUUCAACAGUUGUGCUUAGUAAAGAGCGUCGAUCUCUUCCAUUGGUUGUGAGAAGUGAUCGUCCUCAGAAUGAAGACUUACCUAAGCAGUAUACAAGGCGAGAGAAGAAACCUUUUCCGGUGCCAAUUGUGGACCUGAGACGAGCCGCGAGGGAGAGAGUCAAGAACAACAAAGACAAACCUAAGAGACCUCUGCCUCCUCCUAAAAAUGGUAUGGUUGUGAAGAGCCUUGUGCCUCUUGCUUAUAAAGUAUACAAUGCAAGAAUCAGAUUAAUCAACAAUCUCCACCGGCUCAUGAAAGUUGUUCGUGUUAAUGCUUGUGGGUGGUGCAAUGAGAUUCAUGUUGGACCUUACGGGCAUCCAUUUAAGUCGUGUAAAGGUCCCAAUGCUUCCCAAAGGAAAGGUCUUCAUGAAUGGACAAACUCAGUUAUUGAGGACGUUAUUGUUCCUCUUGAAGCCUAUCACCUCUAUGACCGCCUUGGCAAGCGUAUCCGUCACGAUGAGAGAUUCUCUAUUCCCCGAGUUCCUGCUGUAGUUGAGCUCUGUAUUCAGGGCGGCGUUGAAAUCCUUGAAUUUCCAACAAAAAGGAGAAGAAAACCAAUUAUCCGCAUUGGCAAAAGCGAGUUUGUUGAUGCAGAUGAAACUGAAUUGCCUGAUCCAGAGCCUCAGCCUCCUCCAGUGCCAUUGUUAACUGAGUUACCUGUCUCAGAGAUCACUCCGCCAUCUAGCGAAGAAGAAACGGUCUCCUUAGCCGAAGAAACAUUACAGGCCUGGGAAGAAAUGAGAGCAGGAGCCAAAAAGCUGAUGAGGAUGUACAGGGUUAGGGUCUGUGGGUACUGUCCUGAGGUUCACGUAGGUCCAACGGGACACAAGGCCCAGAACUGUGGUGCAUUCAAGCACCAACAGCGGAAUGGCCAGCAUGGUUGGCAAUCUGCAGUACUUGACGACUUGAUACCGCCAAGAUAUGUUUGGCAUGUUCCUGAUGUAAAUGGGCCGCCGAUGCAGCGAGAGCUACGAAGCUUCUAUGGGCAAGCACCUGCUGUUGUGGAAAUAUGCGCUCAGGCUGGCGCUGUUGUACCUGAGCAUUAUAGAGCUACAAUGAGACUGGAGGUUGGCAUUCCUUCGAGUGUGAAAGAAGCUGAGAUGGUCGUUUGAUAUGUAGAAGACCUUGUAUACUUCUUCUUGUACAAAAUCCUACAUUCAGCCUUAUUAUACAUUGUUUUAUUAUAAUAUGAUGUUUUCCAAAGUCUUAUCUUCAUUUAGCAUAAUCUGCAUUGAGUUCUUUUUACUUGGUCUCAAAGGUAAAUAUUUUAGUCCUAUUUUGGGAUGAUUGCAGCUUGCUUAAUGAGUAGGGUCUGUUAAAGCUCUGUUCUUUCUUUAUCGAUUUGAGCAAGUGAUCGUGGAAGGCUCUUGAGUUAUCAUCAUCAUCUGUAGAUUUUUGAACAAGUUAUCGUGUAUAUAUCCUUGACUCGAGACUGAUCCUCAAUCUUCAAGAACUCCAGAGAUGGGUUACUAGAUGAUUUUGUCUAAAAUCUCUAUAAUGACCCCAUAGAUAAUGAUCCAACCAUGCUUUUGAGUUUUGACCCCUGCAUGUUCAUUUCUC